AUGAACACCGUCACCGUCACUGUUGCUCUUCAUCCCCCAGCUAUCACCAAGACUCUGACCAUUAUCGACCAAGGUAUCAUAACCACCACCUGCAUCACCGAGAUCCCGCACAAUCCCACCUGCGGACUCAAGCCGCCCCACGCGAUCCCGAGCCUCAGCUCCGCUCAUAGCAUUGAACCCAAGCCAACUUCUUCCGCUGUUAGCGUCAAAUCUCCGUACCAGACCGGCUACCCAACCGGUGGCCUGAAUCAGCCAGCCCCGUCCAGAUCGGUCUCAUACCCGACUAGCAAGCCUUCCAGCAGCAACACUCUUAGCUCCACAAAUCCCAUCCCCCCAAAGCCCACAGGAACUGGCCAUUUGACUCCGGAUAAUAGACUGCCUCUCGCCUAG